GACGUCCGGAUUUGCAUGAGUUCUUGUGCAGCCGCGGCCCGGGCUCAGUUGUCUGAGCGAGCGCGAGCCGGGAGCCGGGGCGGGCGCGGGCAGCGGCGGGCGGCCGGGCUGUGCUGGGCGAGCGGCGGCGGCGCGGGCGGCGCAGGCGGCGGGGGCGUCUCGGCCGGGGCGGCAGCGGGGCGCCGGCGGGAGCCAGCAGCGUCUGCAGCCGCGCCGGCCGCCCGCGCCCCGGCGCGCUCCGGCUCGGCCAUGGAGCUGCCAGCUGUUGGCGAGCACGUCUUCGCGGUGGAGAGCAUCGAGAAGAAGCGGAUCCGCAAGGGCAGAGUGGAGUAUCUGGUGAAAUGGAGAGGCUGGUCCCCCAAAUAUAACACGUGGGAACCCGAGGAGAACAUCCUGGAUCCCCGGCUGCUGAUCGCCUUCCAGAACAGGUGAGCGUCCCCCGAGCCGCCGCCGCCUGCAGCCGUGACCGUACCUACCUUUGCCCGUCGCUCCAAUGUGCUGACCGGACUCCAGGACUCCUCUGCUGACAACCGCACCAAGCUGGAGCUGGGCACUCAGGGCAAGGGUCAGGGGCACCAGUACGAGCUCAACAGCAAGAAACACCACCAGUACCAGCCGCACAGCAAGGAAAGGGCAGGCAAGCCCCCACCGCCGGGCAAGAGUGGCAAGUACUACUACCAGCUCAACAGUAAGAAGCACCACCCCUACCAGCCUGACCCCAAGAUGUACGACCUGCAGUACCAGGGCGGCCACAAGGAGGCGCCCAGCCCCACCUGCCCGGACCUGGGCGCCAAGAGCCACCCGCCUGACAAGUGGGCCCACGGCGCUGGAGCCAAGGGCUACCUGGGAGCCGUGAAGCCCCUGGCCGGUGCGGCUGGGGCUCCAGUCAAGGGCUCUGAGAAGGGCCCCCCCAACGGGAUGACGCCGGCCCCCAAGGAGGCAGUGACGGGCAACGGGAUUGGGGGCAAGAUGAAGAUCGUCAAAAAUAAGAACAAGAACGGACGCAUCGUGAUCGUGAUGAGCAAGUACAUGGAGAAUGGCAUGCAGGCGGUGAAGAUCAAGUCUGGCGAGGCCCCCGAGGGUGAGGCGCGCUCCCCCAGCCACAAGAAGCGGGCCGCUGAGGAGCGCCACCCCCCUGCAGACAGGACUUUCAAAAAGGCAGCGGGGGCAGAGGAGAAGAAGGUGGAAGCGCCCUCCAAGAGGAGGGAGGAGGAGGUUCCAGGGGCUGGUGACCCGCAGCCCCAGGACGCUGGCUCCCGCAAGCUCUCCCCGACCAAGGAAGCCUUCAGUGAGCAGCCCCUGCAGCUCACCACCAAGCCCGACCUGCUGGCCUGGGACCCCGCCCGGAGCUCGCACCCACCCUCUCACCACCACCACCACCACCACCACCAUCACCACCACCACGCCGUCGGCCUAAAUCUCUCCCACGCGCGCAAACGCUGCCUCUCGGAGACACACGGCGAGCGUGAGCCCUGCAAGAAGCGCCUAACGGCGCGCAGCAUCAGCACCCCCACCUGCCUGGGGGGCAGCCCGGCCGCCGAGCGCCCCGCCGACGUGCCCCCCGCCACCGCCCUGCCUCAGCCCGAGGUCAUCCUGCUGGACUCGGAUCUGGACGAGCCCAUAGACUUGCGCUGUGUCAAGACGCGCGGUGAGGCCGGGGAGCCGCCCAGCGCCCUGCAAGUGAAGCCCGAGGCGCCCGCGGCGGCGGUGGCGGCGGCGGCAGGGGUGGUGGCAGCUGCGCCGGUGACAGCGGCCGCCGAGAAGCCUCCGGCUGAGGCCCAGGACGAGCCCGAGGAGCCGCUGAGAGAGUUCAAGCCCUUCUUUGGGAAUAUAAUUAUUACCGACGUCACCGCGAACUGCCUCACCGUCACGUUCAAGGAGUACGUGACGGUGUAGCCGGAGGGUGUCUGAAGGGGAAGCGCCAUCCCAGCGAGGGGUGUAGCACCUGGGGCCAGCGGGCGGACAACUCCUCUCGCCAACUGCGGGGCAUCCGAGCCGGCUCCCAGGGCGAGGAUGCCCGAAGCCGCGGUAACCUCUGCUUGGGGUUUUGGGAUCCUGGCUGCGGUGCCUGGCCCGCCUCCGCCCCGGCUCCUUCCACACGGUGCCUGCGGGUCUCGCCCCCGACCUGCUCCAUCCCCGCGCAGGACGAGAGCUCUGCCCCUCCUCUGCCUCGUGGACCUCCGGGACUGACAGGGCAGCCACGCGCGCGCGCGGUCUCAGAGUUAUAGUAUUAUAUUUUAACCGUGCUAACUUGUCAAGUGCAGACUUUACUCCCGUUUGUACGUGGUGUUAUUAUUGAAAUGUAUUGUUUGAGCUCAAAAGGCCCGACCACCCCCCUUCGGGCUGAUAUAUAUAUAUUUAUUUGUAGGUAUUUAUAUAUUGAAAUAUAAAAACCUAGAUUUAUGGAGUUUCCUCUAGAUCAUGUUAUAUUCUAUAUCAGACGAACUAUUUUCUGUUGAUCUUUCCUCCCAUUCAUUCAGUAUUUCAGUUGAUUUCAUUUCCUCCCCUUCCAGGAACUGCAAUACCAGUAACCUUGGUAUAUAUUUUUUGAUACUGUACACAUGGAUGUGUUGUUUCUAUGUGCAAAAAAAAAAAAGUUUGUUAAAAAAGCUAAAAGAGCUCUCUAGAAACUGCUGCUACUAGAAAUGUCUAAACUAUAAGCUUCCAAUUAUUACCUGCUUGAAUGUAAAUAUUAAAUGGAGAUGUUGAAGGUGCA